UUUUUAGCUAUCUGAUUUUCUAAUUGAAGUGCAUCACAGUUGUCAAUAAUUAAUUAUUAGCUCACUGUUCUGGGUUUACUUGUCUCGAAGAGAUACUAAACGAUGGUAUACAGAAGAAGAAAGGAUCAAGCCUGAAAGAUACACAAUUGAUGUCGAGCCAACAAGAAAUGAGUGUUGCAGUCAUCCUCGACCCUGUAGACAGAUUAAUCACCAGAGUGUCACCGUUUGCUUUAAGUGUCUUGGGAGCAUCAUGUGCUUACUAUGUAGCUUUCUCGUAUGGUGUUGGGGUGGUUGUGCUGGUACUGGGUAAGGAACAGUCGACAAACUUCUUUGGAAAUGCGGCAGAAAAUCCACUGAAGAUUGUGAUUGGCUUACCCAUGAUACCUGUGGCAUUGAUCACACUGGAAGCUCUGGAUGUUGAAGGAAGAUUGCUCUACUUUUGGAGAGAGAAGGUGUCUUCUAAGCUGAGCUAUGUCCCACUGCUGGGUGGCUACAUUGACUGGAUAUGGCCCACUCCAUGUAGGGAGCCGCUUCAAUCCUCACAAGAUGGCCUAGGGGGGAGCAUGGAUUAUUUGGCCAGAAGCAUGAGUGCUGGGCUUUUGCUACCCUUCGCUGCUUAUCUGGUCGGAUUCUGUUUUAGAUCUGUUACCAAAAGCAACACAAAGAGAAUUAUUUUGGGAGGCUUGCUCUACUACUCAAUGAAGGCUAUUGUGAAGUUGUAUCUCAGACAGGAAGAGUACAGAAGACAAGGUUUCAGAAGGGUUCUGAACUAUAAUCACAUUACACGAAACACACUUGCAGAAUAGGUUUUCAAUUCAAAUAUUGCUAUAGCUAGCAUUGUAGUCACUAACUCACGAUUGUCCUUUACCACAAUUCAUUAAUUUUAUUGUCUACACAUUAAUAAUAUUAUAAUAAUUUUUUAAGCACAGC